UUUCCGACAUGAAGUGUUUUAUUUUAUUAAUUUAUUUUUAUGUUAUUUAAUAAUUACCUUAUUAAGACUUAAACAUUCUAACUAUACUUUUUUAUUUCAUAUACAAACAAAAUAAACUUUGAAAUACUUACCGAUUCAUUAUUAUCAGAAUCGUUGUCAAUACCACUAAUAUUGCACAAUAUUUUUUUCUAAAAUGACUAGUGGCGAUGAUUUUAUUGAUUUAACGGAUUCUUUCACUUUAGUUGAUCAUUGUGCUCUAUCAAAUGUAGUAAUAGACUUGGAUACUGAUGAUUCAUUUGUCAAUUCCCCUGUGAGUAGAGAAGGCAAAAAAAGAAGACAUACUACUUCGAAGACAUCAUCGACAGUAAAAGUAAAGAAGAGUAUAUCUUCUAAUGUAUCUACAAAACAAGAUAGUGAGUCUAAAAAAUUUAGUGCUUGUCCUAUUUGUUGGGAUGAAUUAGGUAAUAACCCACUAGCGUCAACAAAAUGUGGUCAUGUAUUUUGUUUGAAAUGUUUGGAACAAUAUCUGAAGAUUGAGAAGAAGUGUCCUACUUGCAGGCAAGUGUUGAAAGGAGCAAAUGGAUAUCAUCCUCUGUACCUAAAUCUAAAUUGAAUUAACACUACAAAAAAUGUGACAAGUAUUUCAAGACACAACUAGUGUAUGGUAAUUUUUUCAUACAAUUCAUACCUGUCUAUACACUCGGUUUACACUUGAAGAUUCAAGUUAUUUGUUGCAGUGGCAUCAAAUUGAAUCCUUUAUCUUAUCAUGUGUAUUUCAAAAGUACAAUUAGACAUUCGUUUAUGAGAUCUGCCAUGAAAAUGCAAUUAAUAUUAGUAUUAAUUAAAAUUUCAUGGUUAAUGAAGGAACUAACUGACAUUGUUAUAAAUUUAUUCUGGAAUAACAGUACAAAACUGUAUUAGAUUAAAAUCAAAAUUAAGAUUAGAAGAACUGACUUGAUUUGGAUGCAAAAAUUAUUAACAUAAUAACUUUAGGAAUUUCAAACAACACAAUCUGAGCUAAGUUAAUAUUAUGUUUAAUUAUUUUGUAACAUUUCAAAUCCAUUGACAAACAUUUAUAUAAUGUAUGGUUAUAUUUGACAGCUUUUGUGCCCAUGCAGUUUUGCACACUGCAUAAUUUCCAGUG